AUUUUCUUCUCUCAAGGUAUGUCCGUAAGUAAUGCAAACCGAAAAUGAAUUACUUCACCUGUCAGACACAGACCGUAGGCAGACGGACAAAAUCUCCCGCAAAAUGACAAAUCGGAGCUCUCUCUUGAAUGAAGCAGCUGAUGAUUUGCUGAUUGAAGUCGAGAUGAAUCGAGUCGUUGCCCUUGUUGACAUGGACUGUUUCUAUGUCCAAGUGGAGCAGAAACUCCAGCCUCAUUAUAAAGGAAAACCAUGUGCUGUAGCGCAGUACAAAAAAUGGAAGGGUGGUGGACUGAUAGCAGUGGGAUAUGAGGCGCGGGCAUUUGGAGUGACCAGAAAUAUGAUGGGUGACGACGCAAGGAAAAAGUGUCCUGGUCUCCACCUGUUUAGGGUCCCGGAACUCCGCGGCAAAGCUGACCUCACUAAGUACAGAGACGCUGGAGCUGAGGUGAUCACAGUGCUCAGCACCUUCAGUCAGUGUGUGGAGCGAGCCAGCGUGGACGAGGCCUACAUUGACCUCACCGAGGAGGUUGACAGGAUAAUCCAGCAGGCAGGCAAGAUUAAGGUCACGGAUCUUCAAAACACCUACAUUGUUGGAAAUGAUGGGAAAGGCGAGAAUGGGGUAGAGGAUUGGCUGACUUCUGUGUACGAUGGUCAGGAGUUUGGUGAAGCGAACCAACGCCUGGCUGUAGGGGCGAAGAUAGCGGAGGACAUGAGGGCUGCAGUUUACAGAGAAACUGGAUACAGGUGUUCAGCUGGCAUAGGACACAACAAGGUUAGAGUUGUGUACUUAACUCAAAGUUAACAUUUUUGUGGAGUGUAAGUUUACGUUUCUGUAGCAUUGCUAUUGAAUACAAUAUUUAGUAUAAAUUUCUUUUAUUAUGAUGACGUACUGUAAAUAUUUGUACUCCUCUCUGUCUAUUUUUGCUUAAACCCUUUCACCACUGUAGACCAGAAUGGACUCGUCGAGAUAAGU